GUACACGUGUACACGUGUAACUUAGAUAUCGUGGUUGUGCUUGGUCACAGUGGUGCCUUGUGAUGGCAGAGCUCCCAAAAUCCAUGACCGCGCUGGUCCUAUCGAAGGAGGAGGAUGUCAAAUUUGUGGAGGUGCCCUGUCCCAGCAUAGUGCACGCUGGCGAUGCCAUCAUCAAGGUUACGGCCUGCUCCGUGUGCGGCAGUGACCUGCACCCUUACCAUGGCCGAGAACGCGGCAUCGCGCCAAACACGAUCGUGGGGCAUGAAUUUGUGGGCGUCGUGGUCGCCAAGGGACCGGAGGUCAAGGACCUGGAUCUGGGGGACCGCGUGGCCUCGCCCUUCACCAGCUGCUGCGGGCAGUGCUUCUACUGCGAGCGCGGAGCCACGUGCAGGUGCGACCACACCCAGGCUCACCUCUUCGGCUGGGUGUCAGAAGGCGAGGAACAGCUACCGCCAGAGCAGCGCCGCGGCCUGCAGGGCAGUCAGGCACAAUACGUGCGCGUGCCGUUGGCCAGUGGCACCCUGCUGAAGCUACCUGAUGACGUGUCGGACGAGGCUGGGCUGCUGCUUGGAGACAUCCUGUCCACCGCCUUCUUCUGUGCGGAGCGCGGCGAGGUGGGCGACGGCGCGACGGUGGCGGUGCUGGGCUGCGGACCCGUGGGGCUGUUGGCGGUCAUGGCGGCCAAGCACCUGGGGGCUAGCCAGAUAUUCGCUGUUGAUGCUGUGCCGGAGCGCCUGGCGGUGGCGGCGGAGCUUGGCGCGCAGCCGCUGCUGCUAGGGAGCACACGACCUGCCCACGCCAGUGGUGAGGCUGAUGAGGAGAGGGAGGCCAAGAGGCAAAAGGCGGAGGCAGGGGAGUCAGCAGCGGCGGAGACGCCCAGCAUGAGCAGCGGCGGGGCGGACGAGGUGGUGGCGGCGGUGAAGGCGGCGACAGAAGGGCGCGGCGUGGACACAGUGCUGGAGGCGGUGGGCUCCAACAGCGCGCUGCGCCUGGGCUAUGACCUGGUGCGCCCCAUGGGCACCAUCAGCAGCGUCGGCGUCAACACCAGCGCCGAGUUCCCCUUCUCACCGGUCGAUGCCUACAACCGGAACAUCACGUUCCGGUCCGGCCGCUGCCCGGCGCGGGCUUACAUGACUAAGCUCAUGGGCCUGGUGCGGGAGCCCCCGGCAGCGGCAGCAGCUGGGGCCGCACCCACCGCCGCCGCCGGCAAGAGCGCGCUGCCGUGGCGCCGCAUCUUCACGCACCGCAUGCCGCUGAGCCAGGGCCCGCAGGCGUACGACAUGUUUGCACGGCGCGCGGACGGCGUCAUUAAGAUCGUGCUAGACCCCUGGGCGUGAGGGAGUAAGCAAGCAGCUGCGUGUCGCAGGCGCUUGCCUACAGCGAGGGAUGUGUGCUUGGCUCAGCGCAUUGCUCACCCACUCACCCGAGGCCGUGCCCGAGGCGCUGAACUGUUUGAAUGGAGCCCACUAGCCCCGGGGAGCAUGCAUGCGUGCGGUAUAGUGGAUGCGCUGAUUAAAGGAGUAGCAUGUCAAUGCGGCAAUCAGCAGGCGUUCGCGGUCGGCCGGACCAUGUGCGUCUACCAUGUGCCGUGUUGCCAUGUGAUGUUGCGAUUGCAUUGAGAGGCGUGCUAGCCGCUCUUGUGUUGAUAGUCCGCUCUUCAUUUCAAAGCCACGCCUUCACAGGCCUUUCGCCGUGUGACUGUGCGCAUGGGGGAUGUGCAGUGUGUGUUACCC